GAGACAGACGGACUGUUUAAAGAGUCUCUGCUCAGGAGCGGGACUCUCAGCUCCCUACCCGGGUUUCUGUUCGUGUUGUUCGGAUUAAAAAACACACACGGAGCCGGUAACCGACCAACAGCGGAGCCAGGUGCAGCAAUGUCAUCUCUCCUCCUCUUCCUCCUCCCGCUCCUCAUCCUCCACGCUGCCUGGACGCUAGAGUUUCGUUAUCAUAAUAACCAGGAGAUCCAGCAGUACCUCCUCCGGACCAACGCCUCCAACCCCGACAUCACACACGUGUACAGCAUCGGCCGCUCCGUCAAAGGUCAGGAGCUCUGGGUGUUGGUCCUGGGUCUCAGUCCCCGCCAUCACACCGUCGGCAUCCCAGAGUUCAAAUAUGUGGGCAACAUGCACGGAAAUGAGGUCCUUGGCCGGGUUGUUCUGCUACAUCUAAUUAACGACCUGGUCAGCGGUUAUCGUAACAACGAAAGCUGGGCGGUGCAGUUACUCAACAGCACCCGCAUCCACAUCCUGCCGACGAUGAACCCAGACGGCUUCGAUGCAUCAGACACAGACUGCAUACUCAGCACAGGGAGGUAUAACUUUAACGGCAUCGAUCUGAACAGGAACUUUCCGGAUGCUUUCUCUGGUCUACGUAAACAGCAGCCAGACGUGGAGAAGAGGGAGGCAGAGGUCAGGGCUGUGAUCGACUGGCUAAAGAUGGAGAGUUUUGUUCUGUCUGCAAACCUUCAUGGAGGAGCUCUAGUGGCGAGUUAUCCCUAUGACAACAGCAACGGAGGCAGUGAGCUGAUGGGCGGGGCCAGUGUCAGCCCUGAUGAUGACGUGUUCAUCCACCUGGCCAAGGUGUACUCUAACAACCACGCCAACAUGCACCAAGGUGACCGCUGCGCCGACGGAAGGCCAUUCCUGGAGGGCAUCACUAACGGGUACCAGUGGUACCCUCUGAUAGGUGGGAUGCAGGACUAUAACUACGUGUGGGCUCAGUGUUUGGAGCUGACUCUGGAGAUUUCCUGCUGUAAGUUUCCUCCGGUUAACCAACUUCCUGCUCUGUGGACGGAGAACAGGAAGGCUCUGCUGGCCUUCAUCCAGCAGGUUCACCUGGGUGUUAAAGGUCAGGUGUUUAAUGGGGCAGGUGUUCCUGUCCAGAACGCAGAAGUGGAGGUGAAAGGUCGUAAGAAUUUGUGUCCGUUUAGGACGGACAAAAAUGGAGAAUACUACCGACUGCUGCUGCCUGGAAACUACACUUUCACGGUGAGGUACCCUGGUCAUGAAGUCUUAACCGAGACGCUGAACAUCCCUCAUGGUCCGGAUCAAUACUCCGCCAUGAAACACAACUUCAGGUUACGACAACUCUCCACAACACCCGGCCACGCGUCGGCCAGUACCACUCCGACCUCCCUCAGUCCUACGUGUAACCACACGUUAAACCUCACAGGAAGCGGCACCACAAGCAUACCCACAUGGACCAGGUUAGGUUUAAUACUUGGUCUGGCGGCGGUGCUGCGAUCUCUGAUCGACUGAAGGAGCAUUUGACGGUCUCAGGUUUGAGUCUUGAACUCUUAAGAAGAUGUGCAGUCAGUCGGAGGUUUCUGAAGAGGCGACUGGAGCCUGGACUUUGGAUCAACCGACUACUGGACAGAUUUAUCACCGCCGAAAGUCUCUAAUGAAGCGUACUGUCUUUGCAGUAUGGGCGGUGCACACUGAUCUGCCUUUUGGGAAGAAGACAUUUUAAAACUUGAACAAAGCAGAAGUAUUGUAAGUGUUAUCAGCAACACUUUUCUUACUCUGAAACGUCAAACAUCAGCGUUUAUACCGCUGGAACUGGCUAGCUAAUAGCUAACAAGCUAGCAACCAGGAGCAAGCCGGUUGGUCAAAGAAGCCAGUUUGACCAAUGAAUUCAAUGUAUUUUCAUGGGAAAAUAAAUAAUGUAGCUUAUUUAUACUCAAAAGAACAGAUGGGGACACACGAGGAGUGGUGGGUAUAAAUAGGCUGGCAAGACUAAGGCGUUCCCUUUCAUAUACAGUAAAUAUCAACUCUCUAAAAACAUUAACAGAUUGUUUAGAAUUCUUCAGAGCCCAGGAAGCAAAUGAACCUUAUACUUGAUCUCUAAAUGGCCUUAUUUUUUCCGCAGCCCAGUUUUCCUUUUUCAUUCACUUUUUUGCUUAAAUGAUGAACUGCCUUCAUGGCUGCACAUCCUUGAUUUAGUGAUAAUUUGGGCUAAAUUCACUCAUUCAUCCAGCCAGCAGGCCAUAGUUAGAAGCAGGGGAACCCACCACUGACAGGCCAAAGCCUGAGUGAAGUCCUAAAGAAUGCACAGCAGCUCUUUGGCAUUAUUAUGGGUAAUGGGCGCUAAUUGGACAGCAUUCCCCUUGGUGCCAACUGUUUCUGUAAUCAGCGAUCAACCUGCAAGCAUUUGCUUGUAAGAGGCCCCAGCCAAGCUUUCCGAUACUCUGGCUAACUAGGAACUACAGCUUGGGUAGUUACUGGACAACAAAGCCCAAACAGGAAGUAGGAAGAGUUUUUGGGGUGUUUGAGUACGAAGGUUACAAGGACUCUGUUGCAUUGCAUUUUUUCCAAAAUAUUCAAAUUUUUGGAGGCUUGAGCAUCCCCAGAGUCUCGUCAAAUUUGGCAACCUUGGUGAAAAGUUUAUAGUUUUUGGCUUUGUGGAGAGCUUUUGCGACAUGGCUGCAUAGCCUCCCCUUGAAAUUUUCAGAAAUUAGUUUCUGUAGCAGCUUCUUUCAGCUACAUGUAUGAAAUUUGGUGAGCUUAUGCAGCUCUGUGACAUCUACAAGAAAGCCUGUUGAAUUCAUCACCUAACACCAAGAAGAAUCUGCUAUUUUGAAUGAAUUUGCGAAAGUUAGCGUCUAAGGAGAUGACCAAUAUUGAUUUUGUGUGCGGGCAUGACGACCAGACUCAGAGCUGCCCCCUAGAAUAUUUAGAAAACUCAGCCCUUGCAGAAUGUCCAACCAGGGAUUUGAAAUUUUGUAGACUUAUGUAUCUUACGUAAAAUGCUUCAUGGACUCGCCAAAUCAACAGUAAGUAGCCAUUUCCAGGGAUCCUUCUUCCUUUCAGGGGUGUUCAUCAGAUUGACUUGAAAUUUAGUUUACUGCUGGAGGAGACCUUUGCAACAAAAAGUUAAUUGGCAUGUGUACAAAAGUCAAAGGGCGUGGCUAUGAUGGCUUUUUAAAGUUUGAUAUCUUGCCAUAGAUCAGGAAGUUACCGUCACUCAAUCAUGAAGGCCCCUGAAUGACUCAAAACUUCAGUGGUAAGAGGCCACUACCAAAUAUAAUUAAGGGCCACCGUUAAAUAUCUACAAAAAUAGAUAUAAACGUGUAAUUUGAUAUCCCAGGAGGAGCAUUUCAAAAUAAGCAUGAAUAGGGACGCUUUUCUAAGGAUGUUAUAGCAUUAAAGUAUUUAAAUAGUUACAACAAGAGCUGUGAGGCGAAGCAGUGGUGGUGGUGACACUGCACAUUCAUCUCUGAAAAUUAUGUUUGAUUUACGACUCUGGAGCGAAGUUAUCAGGCAUGUUCAUGGCUAUGGUGGUUUGUUAAAGUAUGAUGUCUCGCCAUGCAUCAGGAAGUUACUGUAACUCAAUCAUACAGGCUCCACACUGCAUUUAUGUGGUGAGAGACUCCUUCCUAAGAUGUUUUAGAGCCAGCUAUAAAUACCUGACUUAGCGCCACCUCUUGCCUUUUUAAGUGUGAUAUCUUGCCAUGCAUCAGGAAGUUACUGUAACUCAAUCAUACAGGCUCCAAACUGCAUUUAUGUGGUGAGACCCCUUUCAAACAUGUUUUAGAGCCAGCUAUAAAUACCUGUCUUAGCGCCACCUCUUGCUUGUUUAAAUGUCAUGUCUCGCCAUGCACAGGAAGUUACUCUGUCGCAAUCAUACAGCCUCAACACUUCCUCAAACAGCACUUAAGUCAUUAGAGUCUACUUCUUAACAUGUUUAAGAGCCAACACUCAAUAUCAGCCAUAGCACCACCUCUUGCCUACAUGUGAUGUUUCACCAUGCAUCAGGAAGUUACUGUACCUCAGUCAUACUGUUUGAAGACUUCCUCAAACUGUAUUCAUGUGGUAGCACUUCUUAACAUAUUUAGGAGCCAAUAUGGAAUAUCCUCCAUAGCGCCACCUCUUGGUAAGACUUGCAUGACAUGCUUCAGUCUUUUACCUUGUCAUUUACAUAGGUGCUCUAUCUUCAUGUUUUUUUUUUUUAAAUAAAGAGCAAUUCAUAGCUUUUUAACCUUUUAGAGCCUGAUAGACAUCACAGAUUUUGCGGCUUUGUCGAGACCCAGACGUGCACCAAACUCUGUUGAAGGCUGGAAGGUAAAAGGGGCUCUCUGGUGCAGCUUGCCUACCACUUGGAAUCUCUUGCUUAUGGGGUCAAAACAAAUCUUAAUCAUGUUUACAGAAGCUUAAUUAUUCUGCCACUAUUCAUCAUUACAAAUACAACGGUGACCAAUUCUCUCUCUGUAGAAUUAAAAGAUUUAAAUUUGUUAUUUUGAGGUAUAACAGGAGGAAAAAGUCUGCCUCUUUAAGACUUUCCUGCUAAGGCUUUACAGCGACUGAAGGGCUGUAGUUUGUGAUGGUUCAUUAAGGUUGGCAGGGCUCUAACAUGUAAUUUUAUACCCCAGGAAGAGUGCUUUAAAAUAGGCACAUGUGGGGAUGCUGUUUUUAGAGGGGGGCAGUUUUAAAGCCAGAGAACAAGACGUUACAGCAUGAAAGUGUUGAAAUAGUUACGACAUGAGCUGUGGAAGGAAGCUGUGGCGGUGACGCUGCACAUUCAUCAUCAAAACCCUGUGAGGUGUGUUUGAUUUACGACUCUGAAGUCAAUUCUUCGGACAUGUUCAUACAGGCGCUCAUUUUUAAGCAUGUUAGGGAGGGUGAACCCUCCAUUCAUGCUGACAGGACUGACAGAAGUGUUAUGGUUUCUUACCUUUGGGUAUGAGACUCUUCUAGAGCUGUUAAAAUAUUCAGGACUUUACAAUACCAUGUGUUUUAAAAAAGCAAAAUCCCUGUUAUUUUGAUUGAUAGUAGCAAAAAAUAACAAGGCUUUUAAAACUUUUGAUAGUCAUUUAUAGUUUAAUGAAAGCUGUUGCAAGUGAAAGAGAGCAGCGGUGGUCCAUUGAUGUCCGCAGAUUGGUAAAUACUGACCUUUCCAAUAGUUCAUUUUUUUUCUCUUACAUUGCAUCUCACAAACUGUGCACAAACAAGUAGAUUAAUACCUUUAUCUACUAAACAAGACUGUGUUUAGGAAGAGCAUGAGUCUUUUUAAAGUUGCAAGCACAACCCCAGGCUAGGGGGUUGGGGCAGCCAGAGUCAAGAUCAACAGGUGUUGACAUGUGUGUCACUCAGUGGCCAAGGUCAAGCUCGAUGGCAUCUUUUGUCCUGGUCUUUUCACCCCUGGUAAUUCACCUAUGGUUUUUGGGGCCCUUGGGACAUCCACAGCAUGACCAGGGUCUCCUGGCAACCUACUACCCAAUUGAAGGGUACCCUAGACUAGUGGUACUUAAUAACUGUUUUGUCAUGGUUUUCGUCUAAUUUUCAAAUCUAAUUUGGCAGACUCAGAGCAGACAAAGCCAUCCCUAGAUCUUUAGGUCCGGGACCCCAAGUUGGGAACCAAUGACCAUGCUAACCUGUGUUAUGGCAAUUUUUCUAUGCUGCUGGUGAACGAUGAAAUACAGACGUCUGCUGGCCGACAAAAAAAGGUUUUAUUUCUUGCAAGAAGGUCAAUCAACACACACACACGAGAGGUCAGUCUCGUGGACAUCACAAUUUAAAACACAAAAGGACCUUUUGAUUCAGUCAUGGGCUCCAGGUUUAACACCCAGUCAGGAACUAGCAUAGUCACCUUUGUUGCUUCGUGAUUACAUACAGUAUGCAGUAAAGUCACACCUGCCUAGCCCUAUCGUUUUCCCAUGUCUGUGAGAGGAGAGGCUCCAAAGAAAAGAGAACAGUAGGGGGUGUUGGGGGAAAGAGGUGAGACAAAGAAGCUAAAAUCCCAUUACACUCAGCACAUCCACCCCUUCUUGCACUUUAAAGGUGUGAACUUUGCUGUUUUUUCUGCAGAUUAUUUCCCCAUGCCCCUGGUAAUAUGCAAGGACAUCCAGAGCACGACUGGGGUUGAGUCAAUCCUCCUUUAUAUUAUAAAUUGAGAUUAUGUCUACAAGAAUGCAAGGGACAAUAACAAGGUCCAAUGGCCUUAAACUUUAACCUAUGACCUUCAAAAUCCCAUCAGUAAACCCUUUAGUCGGGAUGGAUUUGUGUGUAAAGUUUAAUGAAAAUGUAUCAAAGCAUUACUGAGAUAAUGCAUUUAAAAGAACGGCGUGGAUGGGCAUACUCUGGAGGCAUUCAAAUACCGGGGUACAAGCUCUAGAUUUACACGUACUAUUUUUUGUUUAAAUCCUGAAAGCGUUUUGGAAUAUAGUCCCAAAAUAUGACUUUUCCUUGAUAAAAGUUUGGCAGAAUAAUCAUUGGGGUAGAAAAAAUCAAAACUUUUUCUGAGGAAUACUGUCGAUAUUUUGAGUGCAAGGUGUCUAAAAACAAUAACAAGGAUUCCUCCGUAGCCAUUCCCAGAUAUGUUUGGAGCUGCUGGUUUAAAUGGUCAGCUUGAUGGCUAGAAAUCUCUGUGUAACAUGAACAGGCUGAACACUCUGCUCCAGCUAACACAGCCUCUUUACUUAGUAAAUGUAUAUUUAAGGUACAUAUAGACAGGUGUAUCCAUGUCAGAGCAGUAAUAGGACAAAAACAGGUGUCACGUCUAUUUAAAACGGCCUUAGAGAUCCAUAAACAUCCUCACUCAGCAGCCUUCUGCACUUUCCCCCUUUAAAUGUCUUAUUUGCCAAAUCCUCUUUGACAUUUUUCUACUUUUGUACUCUUUGAUACGAAAUGUUGCUUCUUAAAAAUGAUCCGUGCCAUGUUUAAGUGUUGUGACUGCAGGCUUCAGUCAUAUUCAAACCAUCGGACCUCAUAGGACGACUCCUCUGUUUCUUGUCUCAUUACACUGUAAAAUCAGCUAACUGAAUCUCUGAAUCCUACUCCAGCUGAAGUUAACGGUCACUGCUGAGGUCUAGUCUACGUGUGAGUGGGUAGUUUUGAAAACAGAGGUUUCUCUGCUCGCUUACGCCUUUCAGAGAUGCCUGAAUGGACUACAGAGGUCUCUGGUGCUUCAUGCAAUCCUCCAAAGACAAACCUCGCCCCAUGAGGCGCCGUUCUGGCUGGUUGAAGGCCAUCGCAGAGAACAGCAAGGAAGUUCUUGCAUGUCAAGGACAUCAUGAGUCUGAGUGGAGGACGGACUACUGACAGCUCGUGUUUUUGUGCUCUCCUGUGAACCAAGAUGUUUUUGGGAACAUAGCAGAGGAAAUCCUCUGUUUUCAGAAUUAUUCACCUACAUGUGGACCAGGCCUCUGUUCCUCUGAAUCUUGAAGGAAAUCUCUUGCCAUGUGGGGUGAAUUCAGGGUGAUUGAGAUAGAAACUUGAAUCGGGAAGUGAAACAAAAAUGUGUUUGUUUUCUCAACCAAUGACAAAAAAAAAGUUUUUUUUCCUGAGACACCAUGUGUUCACCUUUCACCCUACCCCUCCAUUCUAACGAGGAUCAGGACAUCCUGACCCUAGUUGUGCAAAAAGUCAGGUUUGCAGGGCUAAGUAGGAGGGACAACAGCCGAAUUGGGAUUUAUUUGUGCUGUAUACGUUCCAAAUAAGUGAUUCUUAACCUUUUAAUGUGUGCCGACCCCUCAUCAACCACUAAAAUGUCCCUGGAUUACCUGGGUUUUGCUUACCAUUGCCAACAAAAUGCCUUGUGUAAUCCUGGUUGGACAUUUAAAAUGAAUAAAAUGGCGACCUGGCCCUACCUCUGUAGCAUGUUUGGUGAAUUAAAUUUAAAUUUCAGGUCCUUUCGAGGUCAAUCAAAGCAAAUGCAUGGAAAAAUUCUCACAUUAGCCUUAAUUACCUGCUGAAUACUGUCCCAAUCACCCAGAUGUUACCUGAAAAUUGCAUUUUGGACCAAUUUCCAGAUAAUUCAGGUCCUUGAAUGAUCAUAAAACUGUUCUUUCUCCUUAAACAAAUCAGAAACAUCUUCCAUAAAUGUCAUAUUUUGUUUUUGUUUUUCUUUGAAUUGACAGUAAGAAAGCUAUCAAGGGAUGGAAAUUCAAAAACUGUCCCAAUAUCCUUGAAUUCACCCUUCAGAAAA